AUAGGGGGUCCAAAAGACUCAAUUGGUCCACCUGAAAACUUUCACUAUAUAAAUUUGAGAUCUGCUCACCAUACUCACGUACAAACACUCGAGAGAAACACAAAAAAUGGAAGCUCACACUUUCACUACAAUAUUCCUAAUUCUCCUAGCCAACACUCUUCUCCUAUUCAUAGCAAAUGCUCAAACAGUCUCAACGGCUUCUAGUUCUCCUCCUCAAUCCCAGAAGAAUUUCAUCAAAACGGCUUGCAAUUCCACCACAGACCCACAAUUCUGCUACAAAUCUCUCUCUCCCUUAGCCUCUAAAAUCCAAUCCAAUCCUAAAAAACUUUGCAUCUACGCCCUCACACAAGCACUUGGAACAACAAAAACAUUUUCUUCCGCGGUGAAAAAGCUGAAAAAGACCAAAGGAAUCACCCAUAUGGACGCCGAGAUCAUCGACGAUUGCUUAAACAACAUCAAAGACUCCAUAUCCGCACUCCAACAAUCGUUGAGUACCAUGAAGGCCCUCAACGGUACGGAUACAGAAUCUCAUUUGGGAGAUAUAAGGACUUGGGUUAGCGCCGCCAUAACAGAUGACGAUACGUGCACAGAUGGGUUUGAUGACGAGGAACAAACCGGUACUCAAACCAGCAGUUCGGCGACGCUGAAGAAGCAGAUUAAGAAGAACAUUUCAGCCGUUGCUAAAUCCACUAGCAACGCUCUGGCUCUCAUCAACAACCUCAGUCCCACAUACUAGUCCGUAUGUGUAGAAAAUCUUCAGUGCGACUGGGCCCAGGGUGCACCUUACUCAGGUGCCGUUGUGGAGCCACAAAUAUUCUCUAACCCACAUGUAAACAAGGCCCACGGUGCAGCUGUCCAGAUGAUGAAGUAUUUUUUCUGUAUUUUCAAUUUCCUUUUCUUUUUCUUUUUCUUUUUUUCUGAUCUGGCUAGACAUUUUCUAAUUUAUAGGCAUUUUCCAAUUUCUGCUAGAUGGGAACCUUAAUUCAUUUAUUAAUUUCAUGAAUACCCUUUUUUAAGGGGGUUUCCAUGUGGGGAUAAA